AUGGAAUCUCGCUUCGCAGAAUCUCCACUACACAAUGCACACCCAACAAUAUUUGACGUUAUAAUUAUAGGCGGUGGUAUUGCAGGUUCAAGUACAGCAAUAAGAUUGGCACAAUUGUUUAACUCAGCAGCCGCAACAUGGCGGAAGAUUUUAGUUAUCGACGAGAGAACGACAAAUGCAGAAAUGUUCAAAGUUGGCGAAUCUUUGCCUGGAGAAGCAAAGCAUAUACUUAAAUCAUUAGGCGUAUUCGAAGCAGUAAACAACGAUACAAUGAAAGGUACUGGUACUCGAAUGAUUUUCGUAUACGUAGUAAUUUACACGUUUAACCAACUUAUAUUACUAUCGGCUUACAGGUCCCUGUUUGAGGAAACGCUAGUUAAAACUGCCGGGACACAGCAUGGUCGAUUCAUUACAAUUAUACGUGGUUCCGUAACUAAGGCACUUCUUGUAAAAAAUGCUGAUGAUGAGAAAUAUUGGAAAGUUUCUGUUUUGAGUAAUGAAUUACAGAUCCACGGAAACAUUCUCAUCGAUGCAAGUGGCCGUCGAUGCUUCGUCCGAAAAUGUUUACCGGACUUAAAACGUUCUCUCGAUACAUUACUGGCCUUUGCAUGUUUAUUUGAAACUGUUACUUCUCAACCGCCCGACUCGGACCAUUAUACCCUCGUGGAAUCCUGUGCUUUUGGAUGGUGGUACACUAGUCUUUUGCCCAGCAAGCAACGAAUCGUUAUUUUCCAUACCGACGAUGAUUUAAUAAAACAAAUUAGCAAAAAAAGAAAGAUCAGACAAGUAGAAGAGUUCUACGAUUUUAUGAAGGAAACUGCUAUACAUACUACCAAGCGUAUAAAUGAUCAUUCGUAUCUUCCUGUGGGAAAAAGAGUCAUGUGUAUGCCUACAAAUUCAGAAUGCCUUUCUCAGUUUGCGUCUUGUGAAAAUAGAUGGAUAGCAAUUGGUGAUAGUGCUGUUUCUUUUGAUCCACUCUCAUCUCAAGGGAUGCUCACCGCUCUUUAUAGUGCGAAGCUUGGUGCGGAAGCCAUAUUUUUUCAAUAUUUCAACAGCAAGAAACCAAGAAACAACGAAGUUACUGUUCAACCGUUAGAGAUCUUUCAAAAAUACAUCGAGGAUACAUUUC